GCGAAGGGCGUAGUACGCCACACUAUACCCUCGCGAGAUUACCCGCGAAGAAGCGCACAGCGGCUCUUGCGUGGUGUGGACCCGUGUGCUUGCUAAACAACAUCUAACUUUGGCAACUUCGGUGUAAAAUCUUUUCAACUUCUUUUUCUAACGUUGGUUGAACACAAGAAAUCUGUCACCAUGAGUAUGCUCGCCAAAAUAGCAGAGAUCGAAAGUGAGAUGGCCAGGACUCAGAGGAACAAGGCCACAGCUCACCACUUGGGUCUGCUCAAAGCUCGUCUUGCCAAACUGAGGAGGGAACUCAUCACACCAAAAGGAGGCAGUGGUGGUGCAGCAGGAGAAGGUUUUGAUGUUGCAAAAACUGGUGAUGCCCGUAUUGGUUUUGUUGGUUUUCCCUCAGUGGGAAAGUCAACACUGCUAAGUAACCUUGCAGGUGUGUACUCUGAGGUCGCCGCUUACGAGUUCACCACUCUUACGACGGUACCCGGAGUCAUCCGCUACAAAGGGGCCAAAAUUCAGCUCCUCGAUCUCCCAGGAAUCAUUGAGGGAGCCAAGGAUGGCAAGGGCAGAGGCAGACAGGUCAUCGCAGUGGCUCGAACUUGCAACCUAAUCCUGAUAGUGCUCGAUGUGUUGAAGCCUCUUGGUCAUAAGAAGCUAAUAGAACACGAGCUGGAGGGCUUUGGCAUCCGACUUAACAAGCAACCACCCAACAUUGGCUUCAAGAGGAAGGACAAAGGAGGCAUCAACUUCACCGCUACAUGUGGACAAUCCGAGCUGGAUGGUGAUACUGUUAAGAGUAUCCUGGCAGAGUACAAGAUCCACAAUGCCGACAUCACUCUGCGCAGUGACUCCACUGCUGAUGACCUCAUUGAUGUCGUGGAGGGAAAUCGGGUCUACGUCCCAUGCAUUUAUGUGCUCAACAAAAUCGAUCAGAUCUCCAUCGAGGAGCUUGACAUCAUCUACAAGGUGCCCCACUGUGUACCCAUCUCUGCUCACCACCGCUGGAACUUCGAUGACUUGCUGGAGAGGAUGUGGGACUACCUAAGGCUCGUGCGCAUCUACACUAAACCCAAAGGCCAGCUUCCUGAUUACACAUCUCCUGUUGUACUCCCUGAUGGACGGACUGCUGUCGAGGACUUCUGCUUGAAGAUUCACAAAAACCUCAUGAAAGAGCUCAAGUAUGCACUUGUGUGGGGAGCAUCUGUCAAACACAACCCUCAAAAGGUGGGCAAGGACCAUGUGAUGGACGAUGAAGACGUUAUCCAGCUGGUGAAAAAGUAAAAGGAGUCGUAGUCCACUGCACGGCCCAUGUAUCACAAAGUGUUCUGUACAGUUGCUCAGUAAAUCACCAGAAACAUCCAUUCGAGCUUCUGUGUCAUGCGGUUCUUAGUUUUUUUCGCUGUAUUUCAAAAGAUCCCACAGUACUUAACACCAUGAAUAGUUCAUAUUGAAUAUUGGUCACGGCUCGCUUUAAAAUCCCCCAAAAUCUGUUCAAUAAAGAAAUUAAGAAAUCUU